AUGACACUGGGCCAGCAGGCCCAGAGCGCAGAGCGAGACUGCGCUGGAGCGUCAGGCUGCAAGCCGUCCAGGGCUCAAGCCUGCCUCCCCUGCGACGGGGCCUUGGGUGGGCUCAGUCUCUGGAGCUGGCUGCGGGGAACUCGAGUCCUGGAGUCCGGAGACCAAGGAGACAAGGUAGAGCCUGGGCUGAGUGGGAGCCCUAGGCCUGGCCCUAACCCUAACCCUAACCCUAACUCUAACCCCAGGACUGGGGCAGGGCAGAGUCUGGGCUUAGAGCUUUGCGGGGAGCAAAGGCUGGCUAGGCCUGGAUGGGUGGAGUGGGGUGGUGGUGUGCACACACCAGUUUCAGUAUUUCUUCUCUCUCCCCAACUCACCCCACCCGUAGCCCUUGGGUCAGAUCUACUACAGGCAGGUGCUAAAGAAAUCCGCAGACCUCCAGCCCAAGGCCUGUGUCACUGCAGCCAGGUAGAAGUGGUGAAAAAGUAUAUUGAAUAUCACUUGGAAAAAUAUGGCUUCCAGGCACCCAAGCAUGAUGGGAAGCUAUAUUUCAGUGACGUCUCUGAUAGCCUUGAAUUGCCAGGAGAAAGCAGGACACACAGUUUUCUGGGAGUCACAGGAUAUUGGUGCUCAAAAGAACCACUUACUAAGAUGCCCCACCUUUUAUUCCCUUCGAGUUUUGAGACCUUAGUUAGGGCUGGGAGCAUGUAUUUGGAAGUGAUAGGAAUAUCACUAUCUCCUGUUGGUAGGAAGGACAUGGAAUGUGAAGAAGAGGAUGAGAAACCAUUUUCCUGGGUGAGAAAGAGGAGCGGCUAACUCUUCCUACCAGGAAGUCCACUGCCCUGAGAGGAGGAAAGACAAUGGUGUGAGGCCUGGCAGCAGCAACCAGCAUAGCCAGCCCUCUUCCUGGCUUGGAGACCCCUGCUGGGUGCUAGUCUGGCGAUAAGGGAGCCCAGAUCCAGGUAGACCUCUUCAUUUUAGAGAGGUGGAAACUGGGCCAUCGAGGCAAGGCCACCAGUAAGUUACUGCAGUAAAGGGAGUGGGUCAAAAGACUGCCCUUCAUGAAUGUAAGGUCUGUGCCUGUCGUGUCUACCCUUCUGUUUGCAGUGACCAACAAUAAAUAGUAAGAGUGUAAAUACAUGUUUAAUGCAUUCAUUUUCUUUCUUUUUUUAAUAUAUAUAUUUUUACUGAUUUCAGAGAGGAAGGGAGAGG